AUUAGCUCAGGUUUACAUCAUCCCGGCCAGAGACAGAGCCUGGCGCCGAGCGUCCACGAGACACCCGCAGCGGAAGCGGCAGCGGCUUCUCACGCGUUGGGCUGCAAGGGGUCGAGACCAGAGCUCCACCGGAUCCUAAUCUCAGCCGCAGCAGAGACGGCCCCUGUCCACCAGAGGUGCCCAGGCAAGUCUGUACUCGGGCUGCGGCAGGACCCCGCCGCACGAGGAUGCGAGUCACCCCUCUGGCAGCUCCUAUGGGUGUCCCCUCCAGGAAGAAGCAGUUGAAGUUGGACGAUGACCUAGACACUGAGUAUCCCAUACGGAAACAAGCUCGAAGUGGACCCCAGCCCAGGCUUCCCCGCUGCCCACUGCCUCUGAGCCCACCUCCUGCUCCAGUCCAUGUCUCUGCUGUGACCACUGCCUCCCAGCUUGGGCCCUAUAUCCUCCUGGAGCCUGAGGAGGGUGGCCGAGCCUACCGGGCCCUGCACUGCCCCUCAGGCACUGAAUAUACCUGCAAGGUAUACCAGGUCCGUGAUGCUCUUGCUGUGCUGGAGCCUUACUCGCGGCUGCCCACCCACAGGCAUGUGGCACGACCUGCAGAGGUCCUGGCGGGCACACAACACCUUUAUACCUUUUUCCUGCGGCCCCAUGGGGACAUGCAUAGUCUGGUGCGCCGGCGUCGCCGCCUCCCGGAGCCCGAGGCUGCCACCCUCUUCCGCCAAAUGGCCGCCGCUGUGGCUCACUGCCACCAGCACGGUUUAGUCCUACGAGAUCUCAAGCUGGGUCGCUUUGUCUUCACCAACUGUGAGAGGACAAAGCUGGUGCUGGAGAACUUGGAGGAUGCCUGUGUGCUGACUGGGCCGGAUGACUCCCUUUGGGACAAGCAUGCAUGCCCGGCCUAUGUGGGACCUGAGAUCCUCAGUUCUCGGGCAUCCUACUCGGGCAAGGCAGCAGAUGUCUGGAGCCUGGGUGUGGCACUCUUCACCAUGCUGGCUGGCCACUACCCCUUCCAGGACUCAGAGCCUGCCCUGCUCUUUGGCAAGAUCCGCCGUGGAGCCUUCACCCUGCCCCAGGGCCUCUCAGCCCCUGCCCACUGCCUAAUCCGCUGCCUCCUUCGACGAGAGCCAGCUGAACGGCUCACAGCUUCAGGCAUCCUGCUGCACCCCUGGCUGCGAGAGAACCCAAUCCCCUCAGUCCCAUCCAGAUCCCACCUCUGGGAGGCUGACCAGGUAGUCCCCGAAGGACCGGGACUGGAGGAGGCUGAGGAAGAGGAGGGAGAAAGAGAAGCGGGUCUAUAUGGCUAAGGCUACCCUACCAGACUCAGCUGCAAACAGUGAGUUGAGUUUGGGGUGUCUCCAAGCUCUCUUCUGCCUCUUGGAACUGACAAACCUUAAGUGCCUUCUUAGUAAAGAGAAAAGAGGAGGCAUGUGCGGAGUGUGUAUUUGCACGCUCAUGUGGAUCUACACGCCUGUGCACGUGGGCUUGUGGAUUCAACAAGUCCUUCUUGGGAGCUCAUUGUGUGCCACAACCUGUUCUUGGUUCUGGGAACACAGCCGAGAACAAAAAAGACAAAACUCCUGCUCACACAGCUGACAGUACUUUUCUACAAUCAUAGGCCAGUGUCUGCUCUGGGCUGAGCACAGUUAGUGCAGGUGUCACUGUCCACUUGUGCUAGUGCCCCAGCACCUCUGUCCUAGGACAGUCCCUUUCACAAACAACCCAGAUGCCUUUGUACCUUGUUCCUUUCGGAGAAAGGGAAGCAUCUUGUGCCAAAGGCUCCAGGCCUCUCCCCUUCAACUUAGGACUCCAGAGCCCAGGCUAUGCUGGGAAUUCUGUACCUCUUGGUCAGGCCUGAGCCAAGGAUUUGGGCUGGAAGAUUAAGAAUGCAAACUGUGAGAUGGGUCCUCAUCUAACUCCAGGAGUGGUUUGGAAUGAGGGUCCACACCUGAGCUGAGCACCAAAGUGGGGGGACAUAUUAGGUGGGGUCUUCCCCCUGGCCUCCCUAGAAAGUCCUAAGCCCAGUUCUGGGGACACUUGGGGUCCAGGACCCCAUAUCAGCACUAUAGAUUUGGGAUGCCAUGAGUAUAUAAUUUUACCUUGUGCCUAAUAAAGAAGUUACGAAAUAC